AUGUCAGAUUCAGAGGAUUUAGAUGACUUUGAUAUUAUUUUAAAUAGUAAUCAACUCGAAACAGAUUCUGAUGAUGAAUACAUCAACAACAACAAUAACAAGUACAGAAAUCGGACUGCCAAUAAAAAAAGGGGUAAGAAAAAAACGAAAAUAAAAGAUGAAGACAUAAGCUUUAUAUCUGGAGGUUUAUUAAACCUAAAUGCCGAAAUAAAUGAGGAGCCGGUAGAAGAAAGUAAACCUAAGCCUAGCGUCGUAUUAAACGACGCGAGCUUAUCAAAAUUGUAUGGAAAAGGGUUAAACAUGAUUAAAAAAAUGGGAUAUAAAGGAGGAAAUUUAGGAACUAGCUCAAAUAUUCCAGAAGAACGUAAACCGAGUCAAGAUUACACAAAAUCGCCCCAAAGACAAAAUUUGGCUCAAGAUAACUAUAGGAAAUUAAAUCAUAAGAAACAUGAAAUAAUCUUAGAGAUAAAGAAGUUAACUGAUAAUAAUAUGGAGAUACAACUUGACAUUAAACUCCUGAAUAGUAAUAUAAAUAGCAAACAAUCAGUAAUAAAUAAUAUAAAUGAUAAUAAAUCAUUGGUAACUGAUAAUUUUAAACAGUUAUUAUCAAGUUUAAUGUCAACUGAUGAAAAAACAUCUGAAGAUAAUCUAAGGGAAGAAGAGUUAAUAAAUAAAAUAAUCAAGAUUUUAGUUGAUAAUAAUAAUUUGUUGAAGAAGAUUAUAAAAAUAAUGUUUAAAACAAAAUUUAAGAAUAAAAAUGAGUCAAAUUUGGAUUUUGUAAGUAAUUUACUGAGAAAUGAAAAUGUUUUAAGCAACCCUGCAGUUUACCAUACUGUGAUGGAUUGUGUCAACUAUUACGUGAUUAACAAUUUGAUAACAUAUUACAAGUCGAACCUUAAUUUGGAAAAUGUUGAAAAAUGUAUUGGAAUUUAUAACAUGAUAAAGGCUGUAAAGACUGAUUUAAACGCAGUAAAUAAGUUUUUGGUUUCUAAAUUUUGUAAGGAAAUUGACACCAAUUUCAGGACCAGCCAUAUGGUAACAUUCCCAUUCUUAGAAUUCCUAGAUGAUGAUGAAAUUGAAGUAAUUACAAGGAGAUUUGUGAGUAAAUUUGAAGGUGAAUUGACACAUUUAAACUUAAAUGAAGGUGAAAAAAUUGAUCAGUUGUUACAGAUUCUAAAUAAUUGGUCAAGUUUACUUUCAAACUCAUCUGAUGUGGUUUACAAUGUUUUGUAUAAUAAGUUAAAAGAUUAUCCAAUGGAUAAUAAUCAUGUUGAUAAUGGUAGUGAUAAAGUCUCUGAAGUUUUGAAAAACGUGAUGAAAUUUGAAAAAAUGGUAAAUAUAAAAGAUUUGUUGGAAAAAACAGUAAUACUGAACUUUAGGAAUAAUCUGGUGGAGGAAAUUUCCUCAGCGCUCAGUUACUCCACAGUGGAAUCCUGUGUUGAGUCAUAUUUAAAUUUUAAAUCCGCAUUGCCAGAGUAUAUAAAUAAUGAUCAAAAUAUACAGAAUAACUACUAUAGGCCAAUAUUGCAAAAUAUUGAUUUAUACGUGAAUAAAGCCAGCCAAUAA